AUGCGGUCAAGCAGCCAACCCAGUGUCCGCGAGGCAUCGCACCUUAAAAUGAGGGUCAAGGAUAUAUUCCGCAAGUUCUUUGCAUUUAUACACCUUCUCUUUUCUUUGGGCUACACAAAGCUCGAUGCUCUUCUCAUCGCUGCUGGCACCUUCUUCGCGAUCGCCUCGGGCAUUCCGUUUCCCCUCCUGGGAAUCGUCUUCGGUGAAUUGAUCAACGACCUCAAUACUACAACCUGCUCCGAAACGGCGUCGGCGUCGGCAUCGGCGUCGAAUGAUGUCACGAAUGGUGUGCGAAAAAAGGUGCUCUACGUUAUCUACAUCACCAUUGCCAACUUCUGCUUCAUCUACAUCCACUGCAGCUGCUGGAGUUACGCCAGCGAGCGCAUCGCUCGACGAUACCGCCGACGCUAUUUCCAGAGCAUCAUCAGACAAGAAACGGCCUAUAUUGAAGGACUUCCCUCUGGCGACGUUAUAUCACGGCUGGUGCGUGACAUUGAAGUGGUGCAGUCUGGUACCUCUGAAAAGGUUGGUAUUCUCAUCUCCACUGUCUCAUACUUCGUCACGUCGUACAUCGUUGCCUUUAUGAAAGCCCCCAAGAUUGCGGGCAUGCUGGUCUCAGUAGUGCCCUGCUACUUCCUCAUGUCGUACGUCGGAGGUUAUUUCAUCAAGAGAUACGCGACUCGCAUCAAUAACCACGUCGACGCUGCCACCGCUAUCGCCUCCUCCAGUCUGUCGCAUCUUCCACUCGUGUAUGCCUUUAGCUCCGGUGAUCGUCUGAUCAGGUUGUUCUCUGAUCACCUUCUUGAGUCACGCAAAGACGCCCUCAAGAAGGCUGGCACGCACGCAGUGCAACUUGGUCUUCUGUACUUUAUCGCGUACAGCUCCAACGCUUUAGCCUUCUGGGCUGGCUCUCGUCAGAUAGCCGAAGCUGUUGAAUCCAAUCAAGGUGGCGUGUCUGUCGGUGCAGUUUACACUGUCAUUUUCGUCUUGAUCGACGCGUCUUUUAUUCUCAGCCAGGUGGCGCCGUUCAUUCACAUGUUUGCUGCUGCCGCUGGCGCUUCUGAUCGCCUACAAUCAGUCAUCAACAGGGACUCUCUCAUUGACGGUACGUCAGGAGAGGGCGACACAUACGCUCCCUUUGGUGAGGAAGACAUCGUCUUUCGUGACGUGCACUUCUCCUAUCCUUCCCGCCCCGAUACACUUGUAUUGAAUGGAUUCAAUCUGGCGAUCCCUCCCCGACAACAUACAGCGAUUGUGGGACCAUCUGGAGGCGGCAAGUCCACUGUACUAUCUCUCCUAGAGCGCUUCUACGAUCCGGCAUCCGGACAGUUGCUGAUCGGCAGCCAACGCUUCCAGGACUUGAACGUUAAGUACCUCCGAGGCAGUAUCGGCUAUGUACAGCAAGAGCCGACAUUAUUCGAUCGCUCCAUCCUUGAAAAUAUUGCCGAUGGGUUGGCAAACUCGUCUAACGAGAGUUACAAGGAUCUGACUUCCGUGGUCUUGGGUUCCGCUCUGGCUGAUCUCGCAGCAAGCAUACGCAACGGCAUGCCAGCAAACGAAGCUAUUCGUUCACAUGACCACAGGGUGGCCAGAAUAGUUGAUUUGGUUCGACAGGCGGCGGCGAGUUCAAAUGCGUUAACAUUCAUCGAAACAAUGGCGCAUGGCCUAGCCACAAUCACAGGGCCUGCCGGCAGUCAACUCAGCGGUGGGCAGAAACAGCGAAUUGCUUUAGCACGCGCUUUAGUUCGUGAUCCCUCAAUCCUGAUCCUUGACGAGGCCACGGCAGCCUUGGAUUCGACCAGCGAAAUGCUGAUUCAAGACGCGCUGGCCAAGCUACAAGAUCGUGUUACCAUGGUAUCGAUAGCUCAUCGACUUGCCACUGCCAAAGAUGCCAACAAGAUUGUGGUCGUCGAUAAAGGCAAAGUGGUUGAGCAAGGUCCCCACGCUGAACUGGUUGCCAAAGGUGGCGUUUAUGCCAAAAUGGUCCAGUCCCAGAACCUCGAGACGCUGGAAAUGCCAGUCAUGUCUGAGGAUACUGUGAGCCCCUAUAAGAGUUCUAUCCACUGUGAGUUGCCUGAUCUCAGAAGCAAGGAAAUGCCGGUCCAGGAGAGCGUUCGCAAGACCUCUGGCGAGGAAACCAAAACGCGAACUGGCUCAGAUGACACGGUAGAGGAGCCGGACAACUUGAAUCCUCCUAGGUGGCUCACCGCCAAAUUCAUGUUCGCAUUGGUCCGUCCUAAUAUCGGUUAUCUUAUCCUCGGUCUUUCUGCGUCCGUCAUAAUUGGUGGUAGUUACAUUGCGGAGGCUGUCAUCUUUGGCCACACUGUCAGCAGCCUGAGCCCUUGUGGAGGAGCAGAUAAUAUCCGCCACGGAGGUCACCUGUAUGGACUUCUGUUCUUCAUCAUGGCUCUGGUAGAGUUCUCGGCGAACGUCGUCGGUGGAUGUGCGUUUGGCUGGGCAGCCGAAAAGAUUCUGACCCGGGUUCGAAUCCUCUCUCUCAAAUCUCUCUUGAGUCAGACCUUAGGAUGGCAUGUUAUGGGUGAUCGCACCCCUGGAACUUUGAUCAGUUACAUCAUUAGCGAUGCCAGUGCGCUGAGCAACAUCACUGGCUCCACCGUUGGCCUUGUUCUCGCUGCCGCUGUCAAUUUAGUUGCUGGGCUCGUCGUCUCUUUCGCCAUUGCUUGGAAGAUUGCCAUCGUCCUGGCCCCGUGCAUUCCUGUCCUCCUCGCUUCAGGCAUAAUGAAACUACGGACGCAAGCAAAGUUCGCUGAGAGACAUCAGAAGGCAUUUGCCCAGGCAACUUCGAUCACUGUCGAGGCCGUCGACAACAUUCGGAUAGUGUCGGCUUUCUCGCUGGAGACCCAGUCAAACGUUCGAUAUGAGCAUGCAUUGCGAGAACCAUAUCAGGAGACGCUGCGUUCAAUUGCAUAUGGCAACGUCUUCUUGGCUCUUGCUUUCAGUAUUAGUAACCUUGUGUAUGCCCUGGCUUAUUGGUGGGGUACUCGACAGGUGGUGGCUGGUCUUUAUUCUCAGACCCAAUUCUUCAUUAUUCUGCCUGCCCUCCUCUUCAGUACCCAAUCAUGUAGUCAGAUGUUCGCUCUUGCACCUGACAUUUCCAAGGCGGGGCUUGCGGCAUCUAAUAUUCACAAGCUACUCACCACAGACUCGGCAGAUGACGAGCUGAACCCUCAGAGCUGCGGCCAGAAAGCCGGCAACUACAAGUUGCUUCUUUCUGAAAAGCUCUAUGACACAGAGGCGGCGGGCUCGAGCGUUCCACUUUCAUCUCGUGAGGGCAUGUCCAUCCAGUUGCGAGACGUACACUUCGAGUACCCAUCACGACCUGGGCAUCCAGUCCUCUGCGGCGUUAGCUUGAACAUUCAGCCGGGUCAAUUCUGCGCCCUGGCUGGCCCAAGUGGUUCAGGCAAGUCCACCAUCUUCACAAUGCUGGAGCGAUUUUACCGCCCUAAUCGUGGAGCUGUGGUCAUGGACGGGACCGAUAUUACACGCCAACUUGGAACCGAAUUUCGGGACGACAUAGCGCUUGUUCCCCAAGAAAAUGUGCUUUUCGAAGGUUCCGUCGCCUUCAAUCUUGGCCUGGGUGCUCGACCCGGUUAUCAGCCAAGCCAGGAGGAGAUGGAAGAAGCUUGUCGCGCGGCCAGUAUUCACGAUGUGAUUAUGAGCUUGCCCCAAGGCUACCAGACGCUGUGCACCCAUGAUGGCAAGCAGUUCUCCGGUGGCCAGCGUCAGCGACUAUCAAUCGCGCGUGCUCUGCUGCGUCAUCCACGCCUGUUGUUGCUCGACGAGUCUACUAGUGCAUUGGAUGGCGAGUCUGAGAGGCGAAUCCAAGAUGCACUUAUGGCAUUGAAAGGUCGCACAACCAUCAUCGCCAUUGCACAUCGCCUGAAUACUAUUCAGCAUGCAGACUGCAUCUUCUUGAUUGAAGGAGGCCAGUGUGUGGAGCAGGGCACUCAUCAUGAGCUCAUUGAACGCAGCGAAACAUACCGCUCAAGCGUCAUCCAACAAUCCAUCCAAUCCUAG